AAGAAUCACUGACACAUAAUCUAAAUACACACAUACUCACAACACCACAAACACACAUAGCACAUGACAUAUAUUACUUAAGAAGCAAAGAGGGACUCUUAAGUAAGGUGGUUCCUAUUCCUGGAAAUAUUGGUGAAUCAAAUCUUGGUAUGGAUCCUGAUUUAAUGAUGGAAAUAGCACAAGAGGUAGAUGUAAUCAUAAAUUCAGCAGCCAAUACAACAUUUGAUGAGAGAUUUGAUGUAGCCGUAAACAUAAACACAAGAGGGCCAUCUCGAGUACUUGAUUUUGCAAAGAAGUGCAAGAAACUUUGUUGUUUCAUACAUAUAUCAACUGAAAACGUCGUAGAGACUCUCAACCCCAAAAGCUCACCAUUAUUACACCCUCCUGUGGAUGUUGAUGCUGAAGUGAAGUUAGCUUUGGAUUCCAAUCUUGCUUUUCAUGGAGAUGAAGAAAUGGCUCGGAAAAUGAAAGAAACGGGUUUAGAAAGUUAUAACCGACAACAGCUACCGACAAGUAUAAAUUAAAGGCAGACAAAACACAGUUUCUCAUUUCAAUGAAAAAAUUUCCCCAAUGUUCUUACAAAAUAUCUCUCAAACAGAUAAACCUUUAAAAAUAAUCAUUAUUAUUUGUUGAUUUUUGCCG